AACAGUCUCCGCCGAGGAACAGGUAUCAUUUGGAGAGAUAGCUCUGGAGAUCCAUUCCUAACCUCGUAGCUGGUUUUCAUCAAAUAGAAUUGGACCUCUAGGAAGGAUUUAACCUAUUUAGAAUUUCUACGUGUUAACCUAAAACCUGGACCAUGGGCCUCCUGAAUCCAUUGCUCCUGCUGCUUGUCACAAGUACCAUGGUGAAGAUUUGUGCCUCCGAAUCUACAACAAUGGCCACCAUGACAAUACAAGUUUCAAAUUCAACUGGAGCCACAAGCCCUCAGCAAACAACAAUGUCAUUGCUAACACUAACCUCCGAACAAACAACUUCAGAGACAACACCAACCUCCGAACAAACAACUUCAGAGACAACACUAAGCUCCGAGCAAACAACUUCAGAGACAACACCAACCUCCGAACAAACAACUUCAGAGACAACACUAAGCUCCGAGCAAACAACUUCAGAGACAACACCAACCUCCGAACAAACAACUUCAGAGACAACACUAAGCUCCGAGCAAACAACUUCAGAGACAACACUAACCUCCGAACAAACAACUUCAGAGACAACACCAACCUCCGAACAAACAACAGCUUCAGCCACAACACCGACCUCCGAACAAACAACAGCUUCAGCCUCAACACUGACCUCUGAACAAACAACAGCUUCAGCCACAACACCGACCUCCGAACAAACAACAGCUUCAGCCACAACACUGACCCCCGAACAAACAACAGCUUCAGCCUCAACACUGACCCCUGAACAAACAACAUCUUCAGCCACAACAACAACCUCCGAACAAACAACAGCUUCAGCCACAACACUGACCCCUGAACAAACAACAGCUUCAGCCUCAACACUGACCCCUGAACAAACAACAGCUUCAGCCACAACACUGACUUCUGAACAAACAACAGCUUCAGCCUCAACACUGACCCGUGAACAAACAACAGCUUCAGCCACAACACUGACCCCUGAACAAACAACAGCUUCAGCCACAACACCAACCUCUGAACAAACAACAGCUUCAGCCACAACACUGACCCCUGAACAAACAACAGCUUCAGCCACAACACUGACCCCUGAACAAACAACAGCUUCAGCCUCAACACUGACCCCUGAACAAACAACAGCUUCAGCCUCAACACUGACCCCUGAACAAACAGCAGUUUCAGCCACAACACCGACCUCCGAACAAACAACAGCUUCAGCCACAACACCGACCUCUGAACAAACAACAGCUUCAGCCACAACACUGACCUCUGAACAAACAACAGCUUCAGCCUCAACACUGACCCCUGAACAAACAACAGCAUCAGCCACAACACUGACCUCUGAACAAACAACAGCUUCAGCCUCAACACUGACCCCUGAACAAACAACAGCAUCAGCCACAACAUUGACCUCCGAACAAACAACAGCUUCAACCACAACACUGACCUCCGAACAAACAACAGCUUCAGCCUCAACACUGACCUCCGAACAAACAACAGCUUCAGAAACAACACUGACCCCUGAACAAACAACAGCUUCAGCCACAACACCGACCCCUGAACAAACAACAGCUUCAGCCACAACACUGACCCCUGAACAAACAACAGCUUCAGCCACAACACUGACCCCCGAACAAACAACAGCUUCAACCACAACACUGACCUCUGAACAAACAACAGCUUCAGCCUCAACACUGACCCCUGAACAAACAACAGCAUCAGCCACAACACUGACCUCCGAACAAACAACAGCUUCAACCACAACACUGACCUCCGAACAAACAACAGCUUCAGCCACAACAAUGACCUCCGAACAAACAGCAGCUUCAGAAACAACACUGACCCCUGAACAAACAACAGCUUCAGCCACAACACCAACCUCCGAACAAACAACAGCUUCAGCCACAACACCGAACCCUGAACAAACAACAGCUUCAGCCAUAACACUGACCUCUGAACAGACAACAGCUUCAGCCUUAACACUGACCUCUGAACAAACAACAGCUUCAGCCACAACACUGACCUCUGAACAAACAACAGCUGCAGCCUCAACACUGACCUCUGAACAAACAACAGCUUCAGCCACAACACUGACCCCUGAACAAACAACAGCUUCAGCCUCAACACUGACUGCUGAACAAACAACAGCAUCAGCUUCAACACUGACCCCUGAACAAACAACAGCUUCAGCCUCAACACUGACCCCUGAACAAACAACAGCUUCAGCCACAACUCUGACCCCCGAACAAACAACAGCUUCAGCCUCAACACUGACCCCUGAACAAACAACAGCUUCAGCCACAACUCUGACCCCCGAACAAACAACAGCUUCAGCCUCAACACUGACCCCUGAACAAACAAUAGCUUCAGCCACAACUCUGACCUCCGAACAAACAACAGCUUCAGCCACAACACUGACCCCUGAACAAACAACAGCUUCAGCCACAACACCAGCCACCGAACAAACAACAGCAUCAGCCUCAACACUGACCCCCGAACAAACAACAGCUUCAGCCACUACACCGACCCCUGAACAAACAACAGCUUCAGCCACAACAACAACCUCCGAACAAACAACAGCUUCAGCCACAACGCUGACCCCCGAACAAACAACAGCUUCAGCCGCAACGCUGACCUCCGAACAAACAACAGCUUCAGCCACAACACUGACCCCUGAACAAACAACAGCUUCAGCCACAACACUGACCCCUGAACAAAGAACAGUUUCAGUCUCAACACCGACCCCUGAACAAACAACAGCUUCAGCCACAACACCGACCUCUGAACAAACAACAGCUUCAGCCACAACACUGACCUCCGAACAAACAACAGCUUCAGCCACAACACCGACCUCUGAACAAGCAGCAGCUUUAGCCACAACACCAACCUCCGAACAAACAACAGCUUCAGCCACAACACCGACCUCCGAACAAACAACAGCAUCAGCCACAACACUGACCCCUGAACAAACAACAGCUUCAGCCACAACACCAACUUCCGAACAAACAACAGCUUCAGCCACAGCACCAACUUCCGAACAAACAACAGCUUCAGCCACAACACUGACCCCUGAACAAACAACAGCUUCAGCCACAACACCAACCUCCGAACAAACCACAACUUCAGCCACAACGCUGACCCCUGAACAAACAACAGCUUCAGCCACAACACCAACCUCCGAACAAACAACGGCUUCAGCCACAACACUGACCUCCGAACAAACAACAGCUUCAGCCACAACACCAACCUCCGAACAAACAACAGCUUCAGCCACAACACCAACCUCCGAACAAACAACAACUUCAGCCACAACACUGACCUCCGAACAAACAACAGCUUCAGCCACAACACUGACCCCUGAACAAACAACAGCUUCAGCCUCAACACUGACCCCUGAACAAACAACAGCUUCAGCCACUACACCAACCUCCGAACAAACAACGGCUUCAGCCACAACACUGACCUCCGAACAAACAACAGCUUCAGCCACAACACCAACCUCUGAACAAACAACAGCUUCAGCCUCAACACUGACCCCUGAACAAACAACAGCAUCAGCCACAACACUGACCCCUGAACAAACAACAGCUUCAGCCACAACACUGACCCCCGAACAAACCACAACUUCAGCCACAACGCUGACCCCUGAACAAACAACAGCUUCAGCCUCAACACUGACCCCUGAACAAACAACAGCUUCAGCCACAACACCGACCUCCGAACAAACAACAGCUUCAGCCACAACACUGACCUCCGAACAAACAACAGCUUCAGCCACAACACCAACCUCCGAACAAACAACAGCUUCAGCCACAACACCAACCUCGGAACAAACAACAGCUUCAGCCACAACACCAACCUCCAAACAAACAACAGCUUCAGCCACAACACUGACCCCUGAACAAACAACAGCUUCAGCCACAACACUGACCCCUGAACAAACAACAGCUUCAGCCACAACACUGACCCCUGAACAAACAACAGCUUCAGCCUCAACACCGACCCCUGAACAAACAACAGCUUCGGCCUCAACACCGACCUCCGAACAAACAACAGCUUCAGCCACAACACUGACCUCCGAACAAACAACAGCUUCAGCCACAACACCAACCUCGGAACAAACAACAACUUCAGCCACAACACUGACCUCUGAACAAGCAGCAGCUUUAGCCACAACACCGACCUCCGAACAAACAACAGCUUCAGCCACAACACCAACUUCCGAACAAACAACAGCUUCAGCCACAACACUGACCUCUGAACAAACAACAGCUUCAGCCACAACUUUGACCUCGGAACAAACAACAGCUUCAGCCACAACACCGACCUCCGAACAAACAACAACUUCAGCCACAACACUGACCUCUGAACAAGCAGCAGCUUCAGCCACAUCACCGACCUCCGAACAAACAACAGCUUCAGCCACAACACUGACAUCCGAACAAACAACAGCUUCAGCCACAACACCAACUUCCGAACAAACAACAGCUUCAGCCACAACACUGACCUCUGAACAAACAACAGCUUCAGCCACAACACUGACCCCUGAACAAACAACAGCUUCAGCCACAACAUUGACCUCGGAACAAAUAACAGCUUCAGCCACAACACCGACCUCCGAACAAACAACAGCUUCAGCCACAACACUGACCUCUGAACAAACAACAGCUUUAGCCACAACACCGACCUCUGAACAAACAACAGCUUCAGCCACAACACUGACCUCUGAACAAACAACAGCUUCAGCCACAACACUGACCCCUGAACAAACAACAGCUUCAGCCACAACACUGACCUCUGAACAAACAACAACUUCAGCCACAACACCGACCUCCGAACAAACAACAGCUUCAGCCACAACACUGACCUCUGAACAAACAACAGCUUCAGCCACAACACUGACCCCUGAACAAACAACAGCUUCAGCCACAACACCGACCUCUGAACAAACAACAGCUUCAGCCACAACACUGACCCCCGAACAAACAACAGCUUCAGCCACAACACUGACCUCCGAACAAACAACAGCUUCAGCCACAACACUGACCUCUGAAGAAACAACAGCUUUAGCCACAACACCAUCCCCUGAACAAACAACUGCUUCAGCCACAACAAUGACCCCUGAACAAGCAGCAGCUUCGGCCUCAACACUGACCCCUGAACAAACAACAGCUUCAGCCACAACACUGACCCCCGAACAAACAACAGCUUCAGCCUCAACACUGACCCCUGAACAAACAACAGCUUCAGCCACAACACUGACCCCCGAACAAACAACAGCUUCAGCCACAGCACCGACCUCCGACCAAACAUCUUCGACACCAACAUCAACUUCUUCAAUCACAACAACGGAAGAUCCAACAAUUCAACCUGUGCCCAAAGUAGUGAGACCCUUGACAUUCAGUAUAAUGAGUAAUUUUACACCAGCGUUAACUGAUUCUAGCUCACCUCAGUUCAGAACUCUUGCAACAUUUUUAAAAAAUACCCUUGAUCCGAUAUACCGUAAAAUUCUGCCUAGUAAUUUUAUUGGAGUGCAGAUCAACGGAUUCAGUGAGGGAUCCAUUGAAGUAAACAGCACCCUGCUUUUUGAAUCAAACUCUGUUCCACCAGCUCCUUCAGAAGUAGUAAAAGCAUUGUCAAACGAGCUGCAGAACGGCACAACUUUAGGGAAUCUGACGAUUAGUCCUGCAUCCAUCCAGUCUGGUGACAUCACUUUGAACAAUCUGGAGCCAACGUCUCUGAAUAUUUCCUUUGUGAUAGAAGACAGAAGUUUCACUGAAAGCCUCACCAACAAUGCUUCCAGUGACUUUGUGAGCCUGCGAACUUCAGUUAUUAACUGGCUUGAAUCAGUUCUCAGAUCAGGAUUUGAUGAAAACGUGCUGCCUAAUUCGACUGUUAUGUUCAGUAACGACUCAACAAAGGUACAGGUGAUUGCACAUAUCCGGAUUAAUACUACCAGAGUAGAAGACCGACCACUCCUGCUUGAUCUGAUCAUUAAUAAUGUUAGCACUUCGGGUUUUGACAUCAUCAAAUCCUCCAUUCAAGUAAAUGGUGAGAGUAUUGCAGCCAACAAUAUCCAAGUAUCAAUUCGAUUUGAAAAUACUAACUUUGACGCUGCUCUGAAUAACAGGUCAAGUUUUGAGUUUAAACAGCUGAGCAACAGAGUCACAAAUGUUAUGAAUAGUAUCUUUGCAAAUGAUUCGAACUUCAUUGAGGUCAUAAUCAACAGGUUUAGGGCUGGAUCUAUUAUAGCUGAUACAGAAGCAGUAUUCAAAAACGGGACAACAACCAGAUCUAACGUUGUCCAAAAACUGGUUGAUAGUGUGGAAGCAUUCACCAAUGCCAAUUUCACUUUGGACACCAAUUUUCUUACCAGUACAACAAGUACCACUUCUGCAACUACCACCACCAAAGCAUCAACAGCCACAACUGGAAGCACAGUUAAUCAAGUGUCAACAACAGCUGCAUCAACAGCAGCUGUCAAUGUAACAGAAGCAACAACAGCAGCUGUCAAUGUAACAGAAGCAACAACAGCAGCUGUCAAUGUAACAGAAGCAACAACAGCAGCUGUCAAUGUAACAGAAGCAACAACAGCAGCUGUCAAUGUAACAGAAGCAACAACAGCAGCUGCCAAUAAGCAACAACAGCAGCUGUCAAUGUGA